AUGUUCUUCGAUAAAGAUAGAAUCAUAAAGUUGAUGCAAGCAAACUAAAUAGCAUCUCCUUUAUCAUUUAAAAUAGAUUCUCCUAGAAUAUUUUCAAAAACACCAAAUUCAUAUUCAACAUUAACUUGUGAACUUACUUCACGAGGCAAACCUAAAAUAAAUUUCUUAGCAGAAUUAUCAGACAAUCGAUCCCUGACGAAUCGUUAUAUGUUGAACUCAAAAAAUAAAACGAAAUAACAAAAAAUACAGUUUUGUAAGGAGAAUAAGGUUGUUGAGUCAUCACUUAAAAAAAGCUAAUUGCAUCCAUCAACAGAUUCCUUACUUCAAAAUAUCAACAUAUAAUCUCCUGCUUCUACUUUUAGUUAAGAGUUCAUGAAAAUCAAUUCAAAAUUCAAUUCAGUUAAAAAACUAGAUAAUCAUGAUCAAUAUCUACAGAGAAAGUAGAGUAACUCAGUAAUUUAAUUAAUGAAUAAGAAUGUAUCUUCAAUUGAACCAUGCAAAAACAAUUCAGCGAUGAGAUCAACAGAAAGAAUUAGAUAACAAUUUGAUGAAAUUACACUUUUGGAUUUGAAAAGUCAAAAUAUUUAUUUGUAACAAGAAAAUGCAACUCUGAAAUCUCAAUUGAAAUUGCAAAGCUAAAACUUAAUAUCCAAUAACUUGAAUAGUAAUAUGUAUCUUAAAACUAAAGAUAGAUUUAACCUCUAAUUAAAGGAGAAGAAUGAGAAAUCCAAAUCAACUAUUGAAAAUCUUAAUUCUUAGUUAGAAUUUGAAGGGUCCAUCCAAGAUGAUCUCAGAGAACGAAUGAAUGAAAAAUCACAAGAACUAAAGAAAUAUCAUCUAAUUGAAUAGUAAAUUAAGAAAAUGGAGGAUUCUCAUUUAGAAGGUUUAAGUAAAAUAUUUAAGGAACUCAAAGAAUAACAGGUUUCCCUCAAAAUUCUUAAUCAUACUAUUCUUUGUCUAUCAUAAAUUUCAAUUUUAUUAUCCUAAAAGGAGGAAAUUCCAAUUGAGAUUUUGUUUAAGUAUAAGCAAAUCCCUUAAAUCUCUCAAAUCCUAUUGGAUUAAGAUUAAAUAGAAAAUAUCCUAAAAUCUAAUUCAAAGUUGAUAAAGGAAUUAUAUGAUUUGAUAGGUAAAUCCUUCGAAAAAAUAUCAUACAACUUUGUUUAAUAAUUUUCAUAAAUCUUGCAUAAGUCAUGA